CUGGCUCUGCCUCCCGAGUGCUGGGAUUAAAGGCGUGCGCCACCACCGCCCGGCCCUACAAUGAGUUUUUAAGACAUAUGAAAGUCAUUCUUAUUCACAGUAUCCCCGGCUGGAAACAGCCCAAAUAUCUCACUUAGGGACUCGGAGAGGGUGCCUCAACACCGGCCUGGAGUGUUUAAAUGGUUAAGAGUGUGAGGUGUCUCCAUGCAGAGGAAAACCCCGGUAACAAAGGAGACAUCAUAGAGACACUCUCCAGCAAGGCCUAGAGAUGGUAUGUUGCCUCGGAGGUCAUUUUGAGUCCAGCGCUGACUCCUUCCCGAGCAAAGGUUGAUCAUCUUUGAUGGUUUCCAGCUCUGCCUCUCCCGGCUUCAAUGUGAUCCAGGCAUCUAACCUACACUGCCCGCUUCCUAGGAACCCCACUCAAGCCUGCUUGCUUUAACUAAACAAACCAAUUAGAAGUUGCCUUGGGGUGUCUUCUUGGCUCUGGUCAAGGCCUACCUGUCCGUCUCCUGGUUGAGGACAGUGAAGGGGAAGGGUCCAGCGCCCCCUGCCUUCCCUGGGGUCUAUAAAACACCACCCAUAUUCAGUGUGAACAAAUUUGCCAGUGUGAACAAAUUUCCUGUGAUGGGGACGUGUGGUCAUAGGUCGUACACCUAGGCAGCUGGCUGCCCUCCACUGUCCUGUGUAAACAUUAAGUCCGAGUCCGGGGCGCUACGAGGCCAAGGCCAGGGAUGUGACCCUGUCCAGUGACAGACCUCAACCCAGAGUCAGAAGAGAAGACAGUCGUCUGUUGUGUUCAGCCACUGGGGUGGAUUUCAAAGCUAUUGUGCUCUGUGAAAAGAGCCAGGCACGAACAUCCCUGGCUGACCGCUUCUGUUUAGAGGACAUUCUGGGAACGACAGGGGACAGUAAUAGAAAUCAGAGCAGUGGAUGUCUGGAGCAGUGGAAGAAGUCAAAAGGCUGGAAAGAGGACAAGAGGAAGCUUUGCGAGGGGAUGAAAACGUGUUUCUUGAAUUGGGCCAUUUGUCAAAAGCCUCAGGUCUCAGACAAUAUGAACAAUGUCUGGCAUUUAUUGUAUGUAAAUAAUAUCUCGAUACAGUAGUUCUUUAGUUUCCUUUGCUUUUUGCCUAUUUGUUUGAUUGUUUUUUUUUUUUUUUUUGGUUUUUCGAGACAGAUUGAUUGAUUUUUAAUGUGAACACUGUUGUGGAUCACGAAAGGAGCACAGGCAGGUCACUGUCCAGACCUUACAAAAUCAGGAUUUGGAAGAGUGGAGCCAACCUCUCCCUACCAGCUUAGUUACUCGAGAGGCUUAGAGAAGCAUCGUGCCGCCAGGGGGCAGCAUCACAGCCUGGCGAGCCACACGCCCCUCCAGCUGUAGGCGGGGAUUGGAGGGACCCCCGGAAGCUACAGGAAGCUACCGGAUCCCGAGUGGUGCAUAGAUCUGCGGAGGGGGGCUGUGACGGGGCGGUGACGCGUCCCUGCGUGGUGGGCACCGCAUCGCGUGGCUCCGCUCUGCGCACGGCUCUUCUCGCAUAGGGCUCCGAUGCUAGUCGCCCCGAAGCUCCCCCCGCCCCGCCCCGCCCCGCAACGCAGGCGGGGCCGAGACUCCUGCGACCCUUUUCUCUCCAGCCGGCGGUUGGGCAAGUAGCACGUCCCCGCCUGCACCAUGCACAAAGGGACAGCACGGUCCCGUGUCCGCAUGGAAGGCGCUGCCUCCGGCAAUUGCCCGGAGUGCUCAGCAUCCUGAGAGAACUGAACCAGCUGCGUGCGGAAGGGCCAGUUACUAGUCCCAUUCCCUUAGGCGAUCGCCGCGCCUGGCACAGGAAACUCCGCGGCGUUCAUCUUAGUUUGGUUUGGUUUUAGUGAGAUUUGUUUUUGUUGGGGGCUAAAGAGGAGCCCAGGGCCCCAUACAUGCUAGGCUAGCUCUCUACCCCAACCCCACCCCACCCAGCACAAGGUGAUUGUUUCGAACGACCAAAGAAGUGUGGCCGAAAAGCUGGUGUGGUGGCGCAUGCCUGUAAUCCAGCUCUGGGGAGGGUGAGCAGGAGGAUGGCGAGUUCGAGACCACCGAGACCCUGUCUCAAAACAAGCCAAACAGAAUGUACGGCGAGAAACGCUCUGGCGUAACCAUGCUAGCACUAAAAAAGGAAGCUUAUCGGGCACAGGUUGACGAGGAGGGGCUGCUGAUAGAACGCACUCACAGCACAGGCAAAGUGGGAUCAGUCCCUCAGGAGUUCCCACCGCGACCACUGCAGACUGCGGGACUGGGGGUGGGGGCACGCACAAUUGUCCCCAUCCUUCGCCGCCCCGCCUAGCGAGUUCUGCCUGAUCUCUUGGCCUAAUUCCCUGGUGGAAGUCCAGAGCCGGCUGUGGAGAGGGAAGGCCAUCGCCCCACCCCGCCCCGCGGUCCUCUGUCCCGCAGGCGCAGGGCCUUAGGGCCUCGGGUGCAGGCCCUCGCUCCGGGUGACCCUGGUAGCCAGCGCGGCAGGUGCAGCCCCGAGGCAGCGCGUGGAUGUCCUCAGUGGGUCCACCUGAACUGGACUCUGGACUCGGUUGAAGCCCAGAGGAUCCUAACCUCGGAGGAAUCUCAGCCCAGUAGGGCAAAGAAAUGACCAGGCGAUUGGCAAAAGCAGGAUUCCGCAUCGGGAGCUUUGCAAGCCGGCUAACAGAGUUGAAACAAAACGGAUCCGAAACCAACUGCUUGUUACCCCUGCCUUAUUUUAUCUUUUUUUCUUUUCUCCACAAUGCUAAGAUGUAGAUCUCCAGAGUGGCACCCGUGACAGCCGUGAAGUCAUUCCAGGCUGUCAGCCCUGUGUUUGACAAUCUGAUGUGAAGAUGGCAGCCAGGGUGAUCUGGGUUAGCCUCGGCCUGCUUCGAGUCUUGUGGUGUCUCCUUCCCCAGACUGGCUACAUACACCCAGAUGAGUUCUUCCAGUCCCCCGAGGUCAUGGCAGAGGACAUCCUGGGUGUGCAGGCUUCACGGCCCUGGGAGUUUUACCCCAGCAGCUCCUGCCGCACCGUGGUCUUCCCACUGUUGACCUCUGGCUCUACCUUCUGGUUGCUCAGGCUCUGGGAAGAGCUGGGGCUCUGGCCUGGUCUGGUGAGUGGCUACAUGCUGCUGGUGGGGCCCCGACUCCUCCUCACUAUCCUCUCCUUUGCCCUGGACUGGGCUGUGUACUAUCUGGCCCCACUGUGGGGGGCAGAUCGCUGGAAUGCCAUGUGCCUGCUGUCGGGGUCCUACGUCACCCUGGUUUUCUACACAAGGACCUUCUCCAACACCAUCGAGGGACUGCUCUUCACCUGGCUGCUGGUGCUGGUGUCCCCUUAUGUGGCAUGGAGUCCCAAAUCAAAGAAGCCUACCCCAGGUCCAUGGUGGCACAGCUGCCUUCUUGGCGCUAUCGUGGCGGCUGGCUUCUUCAAUCGGCCAACCUUUCUAGCCUUUACUCUGGCUCCCCUCUCUCUCUGGGGCAUUCACAGGGCCUUGGAACCUGGCGUCAAGGCCCUGAUCCAGGAGGCCCUGGUGCUCCUGCCAGGGGCUGCUCUUGCUGCAAUGCUGUUUAUCACUACGGACAGCUGGUACUUCUCCAGCCUCUCGACAUCCGGUAGCCUUGUCCUCACACCUGUCAACUUCUUGUCCUACAACCUGGAUCCCCAAAACCUUGCAAGGCACGGCACGCAUGCACGGCUCACUCACCUGGCGGUCAAUGGCUUCCUGCUCUUUGGGGUACUGCAUGCUCAGGCCCUUCAGGCUGCAUGGCAGCAUCUCCACAGCUGCCUCCGUGUGCUCCCGCAGAUGGGCUUCUUGGGGGUGCUGGGUGCAUGGUCUAGCUCCAAGUCUUAUCUCCUCCUCCUCUACUUCACACCCCUGCUCCUGCUAUCUGCCUUCAGCCACCAAGAGGCCAGAUUCCUGAUUCCCCUCAUAGUCCCGCUAGUCCUGCUUUGCAGUCCACAAACCCACCCUAUACCCUGGAAGGGGACCCUGGUCCUCUUCAAUGCUCUAGGGGCUCUCGUCUUUGGCUGCCUGCAUCAGGGAGGUUUGGUACCUGGCCUGAAAUACUUGGAGCACAUAGUCCACGCGCCUGUCCUGCCAGGCACGACCACCCGCUACACACUUCUCUUCGCUCACACUUACAUGCCUCCCCGGCACCUCCUACACCUCUCCGGCCUGGGAUCGCCUGUGGAGGUGGUGGACAUGGGUGGCGCUGAGGACUGGGUCCUGUGCCAAGCCUUGAACGACUUCAGCAGACAACCAGCCUGCCAAAUGGCUGGUGGGCCACAGCUCUGCCGACUCUUUGUGGUAACUCCCGGGACCAACAGGCAUGCUCUGGAGAAGUGCAGUUUUCCUCUCAAGAAUGAGACCCUCUUGUUUCCCCACUUGACCCUGGAGGACCCUCCAGCCCUGUCCUCUCUGCUCAGCCGGGCUUGGAGGAACCACCUCAGUCUUCAUGUCAUAGAGCUGGAGGGGAGGCCUGCUGUGACACAGGAGCCACGGCUCAGGAGCCAGCCAUAGAACGGUGCCACGCGACCUUCUACACGGGCUGCUGGGCUGGGACACUGCAACAGGACUCCCCCUGCUGUCUCUCCCGGGCACAGCCGCGGGUGUUCCUCCAGGUGAGCCCACAUUCCUUUCCCUUAGACACCAAAGACCUGACCAGUCACGGUCCCAAUGCCAAGGUCCCCAAAGAAACCUAGCAUACCCACUGGCACAUGUCUCUCUCCAUGCUGUCACUUCCAAUAGCUGUGUCAUGUUUCAAAUACAGAGUAGCACCUGCUUAUCAAAGACAA